UCCACAAUGACGUCACUCUGGAAGCAGAAACAGCCUCCUGGCUUGGGCGACUUUACAUCCGGGGAUCUGAGCGUCGCUGCGGAGAUGUGCUGAUGUGAGGUGGGAGUGAGAGGACAGGAUUCGUCCCUGUGCCAGAGGAAAGACAAAACCGCAGCGAAAUAAUAAUAAUAAGACUAGGUGCUUCAAUGGACCUUACUGUAGACCGCUGUAUUCGGCUUCAGUAAUGCACUUCUUCAGUAUUUCUCUCUUUUUGGGAUACAAAGGGACGUUUCUCUCCUCCCAGUUCCACUCUUCCACCUCUCCAAUCUCGGCAGCUAGUGAGUAAGUCCGCUAACGCGCUAGCCAGCUGAUUAGCUAAUACCUGUCUUACCGUUUACUUUUGGAGCUAGCAGCUACUAGUGACAUUAGUGAAGUUGCUAGUUAGUCUGACAGCUAGUCAUUGUGGUGCUGAUAAAGGUAAUAGCUGCAAUUUUUGCAGUUCGGCUUUUCAACGUUCAACAAAGACCUUUAAAGAGAUUGACAAAAAUGGGUGCUUUCUUGGACAAGCCAAAGAUGGAGAAGUUUAACGCACACGGGGAGGGAAACGGUGUGCGCUAUGGUUUAAGUAGCAUGCAGGGAUGGCGGGUCGAGAUGGAGGACGCGCACACGGCUGUCAUUGGCCUUCCUCAUGGCCUGAGCACGUGGGCGUUUUUUGCUGUUUAUGAUGGACACGCUGGCUCUCAGGUGGCACGGUACUGCUGUGAACACCUGCUGGAGCACAUCACCAGCAACCCGGAUUUCAGAGGCGGAGGCCCAGGUGGAGGCAGUGAAACGUCUUCUCGUCCCGAGCCGUCGGUGGAGAGUGUGAAGAAUGGCAUUCGUACAGGCUUCCUGCAAAUCGACGAGCACAUGCGGGCUAUGUCAGAGCGCAAGCACGGCGCUGACCGGAGUGGCUCGACGGCUGUGGGAAUUAUGAUCUCGCCGAACCAUUUUUAUUUCAUCAACUGCGGUGACUCACGGGCUCUGCUGAGCCGUGGUGGCCGGGUGCACUUCUUCACUCAAGAUCACAAGCCCAGCAACCCUUUAGAAAAGGAGAGGAUUCAGAACGCAGGCGGCGCCGUUAUGAUUCAGCGGGUCAACGGGUCUCUGGCUGUCUCUCGUGCUCUUGGAGAUUUUGACUACAAGUGUGUGCAUGGGAAAGGGCCCACAGAGCAGCUGGUGUCUCCAGAGCCUGAGGUGUAUGAGAUCGAAAGGGACGAUGCAGAGGAUGAGUUUGUGGUACUAGCCUGUGAUGGAAUCUGGGACGUCAUGACCAACGAGGAACUAUGUGACUAUGUUCGUUCACGGCUCGAGGUGACCGAGGACCUGGAGGCGGUGUGUAAUGAAAUAGUGGACACCUGUUUGUACAAGGGUAGCCGUGACAACAUGAGCGUGGUACUGGUAUGUUUUCCAGGUGCACCCAAGAUCAAUCCAGAAGCUGUGAAGAGAGAAGCAGAGCUGGAUAAGUACUUGCAGAACAAAGUAGAAGAACUCAUUCAGAAGCAGGGCGUGGACAGCAUUCCAGACUUAGCCCAAGUGAUGUGUGUGUUAGCGACGGAGAGCAUCCCCAACCUUCCACCUGGGGGAGAGCUGGCUAGCAAACGCAGUGUUGUGGAGGAAAUGUACAAUAGACUCAACCCAAACCAAAGUGACAGCACAUGUGGAGCCACCAACUGGGUCAAUGUAUGUGGAUCGUCCAGACUCUAAACAGGAUCCUUCCUUUCUUUUCCCCGUACAUCUUUUUACACGAUUAAAAAAAAAAAAAAAGAUCCUGAUAUCCUGUUAUAACACCACCAGGGGCUUCCAGUUUUAAGACUACUGUAAGAAGACUUACUGCUACCUCGAAUUGCAUCUUUUGUAUAUUGCCUUAAAAACUGUCGAAGGAAAGACAGAUCCAGGUAUAAUAAUGAGGAGAAUGGAAGUCUGUGAACACGAGUAUACUGUACUGUAUGUAGCAUGUGCUGAAAGCAAUUCCUAUUCAAGAAUACAUGACUAUAGCUCAA